CCGGCCCGUGCUCACAGCCCCGUCUCUCCGUCUCCAGUUCUGUGUGAGCCUUCAGAGCUCCAGCAUGCAGAGCCGGGACCCCUGACUCCUCCUGCCGUCUGCUCUGCAGGACUGACAGGAGCUACAGACCCGGACAGGAUGCUGGAGUCCAUCAAAGUUACAGAGCGCCUCCACUGGCCAGAGGUGGAAAUGUCCCAGAAGUACAUCCUCAACUCUGCCGAGGCGCUGAGCCCCAGCCAGGUGUACCUGGAGAAGAUCUCCUGCUCCGUCCUCCAGGACCUGCUCGGCUCCGGCGCCGGCGGCUUCGGCGUCCUGCUGCGGGCCGAGCAGGACGACGGCAAGGCCUUCAAACUGCCGCCGUGCCGGAGGCCCAAGACCACGGCGAAGCGCGGCUCCACGUCCGGCAAGAAGAACCGUCUGGGCUCGGCCACGAGGAAGACCCGCGCUCCGGAAGGGGGCGGCAGACCGCCGCCGUCCGGCCGGCCGCCGCCGGGCCGCGGCAUGGCGGUGGUGGGGAACGGCGUGGGCCUGGCGCCCCGGCCGGCUCCGCAGCUCAGGAAGACCAAGCGGCCCAGCCGGGACCCGGAGGGCCCCCAGAAGCUCUGCAUCCUGUCCGCCAUCAAGCCGUCCAACCUGGAGGCGGAGAAGGCCAGGUUCUUCCAGUCCGACUUCAGCUACAACCCGCAGUUCGAGUACAGCAGCCCCGUCUCGCCGUCCGUGCUGGCUCGCCACGCCACCGCCUCCGACCGCUUCCUCACGCAGGCGGUGAACAUCAUGGAGCUGGCUCUGGACCGCUACGGCAGCUACGAGAAGUUCCAGCAGGUCACCGGAGGAAACCUGCUGUCCAGGAGCCGCAUCUGGCACAGCGUCAAGAAGUACAUGGAGAAGGAGGGCUGCGUGGGAGAGAUCGUGGUGCAGGUGACGGACGACCUGCUGUCCAGAGCCUCCAUGACGGUGGUGAACAGUCGGCCCACCCUGACCAUCAACACCGCCACCGCCAGGGAGCACUGGCUGGAGGGCAUGCUGCGGCACGAGAUCGGCACUCACUACUUCCGGGGCAUCAACAACGGCCAGCAGCCGUGGAGCAGCAGCCAGGGCCGGAGGCGGCUGAACCUGAAGCCCCUCAACCCCACGGAGGAGGGCCUGGCCAGCCUCCACAGCGUCCUCUUCAGGAAGGACCCCACGCUGUGGCGCGCCGCGCUGCUCUACUACACCGUCCACCAGGCCGGACGCCUGUCCUUCGCCCAGCUCUUCCACAGCCUGGGACGCUUCGUCCAGGACGCCAACACCCGCUGGGACUACUGCGUCCGGGCCAAGAGGGGCCAGACCGACACCGGCCUGCCAGGCUGCUUCAGUAAAGACCAGGUCUACCUGGACGGCGUCCUGAAGAUCCUCAGAUACAGAGACAAGAUCAACUUCCCCCUGCUGAUGGCUCUGGGAAAGGUGUCCUUCGAGGACGUGGAGCGGCUGAAGGCCGUGGGCCACAUGGAGAACACCCGCAUCCCGCACUUCAUGCAGGACCAGGCCAGGUAUGCCGAGCAGCUCAACAAGAUCAUGGCGGUCAACCGGCUGACGGACGAGGAGCUCAAGACCAUCAUCUGAGUGGAACCCUCAUCAAAGCGUCUCUGAGCCCCGACCGCCACGCCCAGCCCGCAUGCCUCCGCCCUGCACCUCCACCACGCCCGCUACCGCGCCCUCACCCGGGUAGCAGCAAGCUGCGCUACACUACAGCACGCCACACGACGCUACAGCACGCUACGCUACACUACAGCAUGCUAAGCUAUGCUACAGCAUGCCUUUCCACGCUACAGCAUCCUACGGUACAGGAUCGUACACUACAGCAUGCUAAGCUAUGCUACAGUAUGUCUUUCCACGCUACAGCGCGCUAAGCUACAGCAUGCUAAGCUACAGUACGCUACACAAAAGCACGCUACACUAUGCUACAGCACGUUAUGCUACAGCAUGCUAUGCUAUGCUACAGCAUGCUAAGCUACAGCACGAUACGCUACAACAUGCUAUGCUACGAUACAGCACGCUAUGCUACAGCAUGCUAUGCUACUGCAUGCUCAGAUCAACACACCACACAACAGCACGCUACAACCAAGUGCGUCAAGCUACAGCAUGCUACGCUACAUUAUGCUAAGCUAUGCUACAGCAUGCUAUAUGCUAUACUAUGCUACAGCAUGCUAAGCUACAUCAUGCUAUGCUACGCUACAGCAUGCCACGCUACAGCACGCUCCACAACAGCAGGCCAUGCUAGAGAAUGACAUGCUACUGCACACCGCCAUGCUACAGCAGGCCAUGCUACAGCAUCCUGCGUUAUGCCGCCACUGUGCUACAGUGUACCGUGGUCACGCUACAGCAGGCCGUGGUGCCACGCCGUGCUACAGCAAUGUGCUACAGCACACAUGGAGUCAGAGGCAGGAGUCUGCAACCUUCCCAGCAAGUCCUCACAGCCAGCUGGACUCCAUGAGUCAAAGCGACUCAACACCGCUGAGGGAAGGACGUGGAACAGCUUGAAAAGUCAGCAGGUUUCCUCAGAAGAAUGGCCUCACGACUGCUGAGGGGCUAAAACAGCUGAAGUGACCAAAAGCAGUAAAAGGAAGUGAAAUCCAAGAGUUUCCAAACUCUCUGAACUUCACCUAAAUAUCAGACAUGCAGAUGGUUUUAUUUUGGAUGAAAGACCUCUGAAGGUCGCAGUUCUCUGUCUUUUGAUUAUUUUUUUUUUUAAUAAUAUUUUGGAAUUAGAAUAAAAACUCGGCUGCAGCCCGAAACACUGUUUUGUUCACAUCCUGCGUGCCAAAGCCAACAGCUGCAGAGCUCCAGGAGCAUCAGGACGGACCCCGUGCCAACAUCAGGAACGCUCCACCGACAAAUCAGACCCAGAACUCCUGAGAACGGCGAGAACACGAGCAGACCCGAGCUACAGUUAGACCGAAGGGGACCCUCUCCUCCCUGCUGUCAAGCAGCAGGAUCAGACUGACCUCUGACCUCUGACCUCUGACCCCUCUGGUGUGUCUCUCCUUCAGAGAUGAUCCUUUGAGGCUUUCUUUCCUCCGGGUUUCUAACAGUGUUUGUAUGUGAUGUUUUCUAUCUCACCUCUUGUGAUAUUUCCACCAGAUAUUUUAAUAAAC